AUGUCUGUGGUUUCAUCAAGAGACUUGGCUCACACCAGAAGGCGUCUGCAAAAAGAACUGCAGAACCUCACAAGCGAUCCUAUAGAAGGCCUUUCCGCCGCACCCACCGAUCCAUCGAAUCUUUUCUCAUGGAAAGCAACGAUUAGAGGACCGCCUGACACUCCAUAUGAAUCCGGUACUUUCCACCUCACCAUGGACUUCCCAGAGAUCUACCCACGCGCCCCACCAAUAGUCAAGUUCGUGACCAAGGUCUAUCAUCCAAACAUCGAUAGCGAAAACGGAUGGAUUUGUCUGAACAUAUUAAUCAUGGACUGGAGCCCUGUGUUGACGGUUUCGACGGUUUUAUUGAGCAUAAGGGCGUUUCUGGAUAGCCCAGAUACGGAUGAUCCAGCUUGUCCUGGGAUUGCAAAGGAGUAUGUGUAUAGGAGGGAGGCUUUUGACCAGACCGCGAGAUAUUGGACAGAGAGAUUUGCGAAUGCUGGAAGCGUAAUUGAAGAUGCGACUGAGGAAACGGCACCAAGUCAAGGGGUGGCUGAGAAUACGAUUGAGGACUGGGAACUUGUGUGA